CUGCCAUUGCACUGGACACUAAAUGCAUAGACUAAAGUAUGCUAACAUGGAUCCCAUGCUAUAUGCAGAAUCUAUGAAAAAAGCUGGGAAUCAGGAUUUUAAAAAUGGGAACUAUGCCUUGGCCAUCAGGAAGUACGACGAAGCCAUCUCUGUGUCCUUCCAGUUAUGCCAAAUGGGGCUCUGUACUCGGAGAGAGAUGGCCAAAUUACUUUGCAGCAAAUCAACUGCCUUCUAUUGUCUGAGUAAAUGGCAAGAUGCAUAUCAGUUAGCCGAGGAAAGCCUCAGCUGGGAUCCAUCAUUUAUUAAGGCCUACUAUAGAGCCGGCUUUUCAAAGUUUAAGUUGUCAGCACCUGAAUAUGCAGCUGGUCUCUUUAUUCAGGGUUUGAUUCGUCUCCGUGGUUCUCAGGAUCAGUCUCAAAAGGUUGAUUUUAUAGUCGGAAUCUUCAUGUGCGUUAAUGGUGAAAAAGGUAGUACACACAGGUUUUCUUCCAUCUUUAAGAAUCUUUUGCAAGAAGAACUUGAUAAAUCAACUUGGCAGCUGGUAAUAGAAGAACUGGCCAGAAAAAAACUGUGGCAGUCUUUCUUGUUGUUGGUAUCUGAGAAGGACAGAUUGCCAAGAAAUCUCAGAGUAACACAGUUAUCAUUAAAGGAUCUUUUUGAGAAAUAUGUUCUCUUUGGACAAUAUGACAGAAUAGACAGUUUACCACAACUGGUGGAAUGGCUUAUCUCCAUUGGAGCAAACGUUGGGAGCAUUGGAGCUUAUCCACUUCAUGCUAUUGUUAAACUCUGCAUCAAAACAAAAGGGAGUGGUCUUUUCAGAUGGCUGCUAGACCAGAAACCAGACUUGAAGGGUAGUAUCAACCAGCAAGACAGUGAUGGCUGCACGGUCCUACAUGUUGUGGCAUCUCAUUCCAAUGGAUAUUCCAUGCAACGUCAAACAGAUGAUGUGCAGAUGCUCCUAAGUUAUGGAGUGGAUCCCACUAUUGCAGAUAGACUGUCAAGAUGUGCUGUCGAUAUGCUGAAGAAAAAUAAAAACUUCAAGGCUGUAGAUAUAAUCAACAGUCACAUAGCAAGACAUCCUGCUUUCUCUACAGCAUCACUAGGGCAGAGUGAAAGCAAAACCUCGGCUAAUAAAACAGAUUGUCUUCAGGUUGCUUUUGAACAAUUUCUGAAGUUCUGCAGUCCUGAAAACCAAGAACAGCAUAAAAAUUUAUUGCAGGAAAAAGCUGUUCAGAGCUUUCUGAAGAAACUGUCAACUGUAAAAGAAAUUCCUGAAGACAUGGUUUGUGACAUCCACCAUGCUUGUGCUACCAACUUCAUAAAGCUCUUGUUAGAAAAGCAAAUGUGGCAUGAAGUUUUGCUAUUGCUAACAGGGAAAGCCAGUGGGAAAAUGUCCCCAGGAGGUGGACUCAUCAAAAAUUGUGAUCUUUCCGACAUCGACAUUGGCAGCAUUAUCAAACAGCUUGACAGAGCGGAUAAGCGACGAGUACAUCUCAUAAGAUGCCUGAUAGAAAGAGGAGCUUCACCUGAGGGGCUUGGAACCAUCCAGGAAAAACCACUGACAACGUGCUUGAAAAAUGCUGAUUUUGAAUUGGCUUAUUUGCUUCUGAGCAGUGGCGCAGAUUCUCAGAGUGUUUCCAUUGCAGAAGGUGAUACUCCUUUACAUGCUGCAGUCUCCAUCUGUUUAGACAAAAAAGAUGAGAUUGGUUUAUGCUUCCUCAACUAUCUACUAGACUGCUACGGUUCAGAUCCAUCCACUUUUCCACACCUUAAUCCAAACAUCCAAGACAAAGAUGGAAAUACAGUGAUGCAUAUUAUUUUUCAAAAAGUUUUGACAAAGCAAGUUAAGAAAAUAAUAGCUUUGUUAGCAAAGUUUGAUAUCAAUUUGAACUUAAAAAAUAAAUUAGGAAAAAAUGCAAGGCACAGAAUAAAAAAAACUAACCCCAUGCUAUGUGCCUGGAAUACAGCUGUAUUGGAGAAGAAAAGGUAUCGACAAGACACAGGAGGGCAACCAGCUAAAAUGCCUAAACCCAAUCCUGUCUAUAAUACAUCACAGUCAAAAAACACAGCACAUUCUUUAUCUGCAUCUUCAAGAGCAUUGUCACCUAGCAUCAACUCAUGCGAUGGUUUAGAAAAAACAACUUCAAGUACUAAUAGUUGUGAAGAGAUAGGUGGUACUCAGCUAAAGCAAGAAACUGGAGUAACUAAGCUCUUAACUCUAAGAGAUCAUCUAGGGCAGGCAAUCUCAGAUUUAAUACAGAAACUUGAAUUGGGUGACACUGCAGCCCAGGAAAAUUCUCAAAUAAAGCCAUCUUCCAUACUAACUGCUGAAGGGAAAAACACUGAGCCCCCACAAAUCUGUGGAAGUGAGAGACUAUCUCAGUACGAAGGAGAAAGUGUUCACUUGGACGAAGAAGGUACAGAGAAGGAGCACGAUAAAUCUGCUUUACAACUGCUUCCUGGAGAAGAACCAGAAGUAACAGAAGAUAAUGGGCAGAUCCAGGACAUUGAGAUGUACAUUCAGGACUUUGAUAAUAUGACCUGGGAAAUAGAGUGUACUUCUGAAAUGCUGAAGAUGCUAGGCAGCAAAGCUGUACCUCCUUAUUUGAAAAAGAAAAUUAUAAUGGUAAUUCAGCAGCUUGGAAAUGGAGAAUGGACGCAGAGCCUUCAGAAGCCGCUAAAACAUUUGAAAACCGAUAUUCGGCUUUAUGAAGCAAAGUUGAACAAGGGGGCAAGGAUCCUAUGGGAACUUGCAAUAGACUUUUCUCCCCGUUGCAGUGAGGUUCCAGAAAAGAUUAUAGAAAUGGAACAGUCAAAACAUCCUCUAGAGGAAUCUGGGAGAAUUUACACUGAAAUCAUAAGGAUAUGGGACAUUGUUCUUGAUCAUUGCAAACUUGACCAUGCUAUAAAAACAAUAUGUAUUGCAUACAAUCGUGGCUUGUCUUGCAUCUUGAGGAAGAAGCUCAAGGGGAUAAGUAAAUCCCAGCAGUCCUCUAACAUGAAAGCACAAAAGCGGUUUCCUCGUUGUUAUGUUGAAGACACCGAGGCAGAAAAAUCAAAAGACCCUGUCAUACCUGAAUAUUUCCCUCCAGCCAGCGCAGUGGAAACAGAAUACAAUAUAAUGAAAUUUCACAGCUUCAGUACUAACAUGGCCCUUAACAUCUUAAAUGAUAUGAAUUCUGCUGUUGAAUAUCCUUUCAGAGUCGGUGAGUUGGAGUAUGCAGUGAUUGACCUCAAUCCCAAACCUAUGGAACCAAUAAUCUUAAUUGGACGGAGCGGAACAGGAAAGACUACUUGUUGCUUAUACAGGCUUUGGAAGAAAUUUCAUUCUUAUUGGGAAAGAGCUUCUAUAGCAGAAGCCCCUCUGUUGGUUAGACAGAAGUGGCAGAGGCGCAAGUUUGAAUCUGAAGAAGCAAACAUGGGGGAGGAAGAUGAGGAUGAGGAGGAAAAUCGAGACGUAGAUGACAACUCUGAGUCAGUUGAGAUGAAAACUGUGGAGAGCCUAGCUGAUGCACAAGACAAUGAAGGCAGUCAUUAUUCUACAGAGAGCGAUUGUGAAGUAGAGGAAGAACAAGGCAUUGAAGAAUUAGACAAACUCGAACACUUGCAUCAGAUUUUUGUUACAAAAAAUCAUGUUCUUUGCCAAGAAGUUCAGAGGAACUUUGUUGAACUUAGUAAAUCUUCCAAAGUAACUAGUCAUUUCAAGCCACCUGAGCCAAGUACUUACAAGCUACAAGAGCUUAAAGAGGAAAAUUUUCCACUAUUUGUUACUUCAAAGCAGUUGUUGUUGUUACUGGAUGCAUCCAUGCCUAACCCAUUUUUUCUUAGGAAUGAGGAUGGAAGUCUGAAAAGAACAAUUGUUGGCUGGUCCACUCAGGAAGAUUUAAUCAUACCAAAUUGGCAAGAGGAAGAUGAAGAUAGUCAUGUUGAAGGAGAAUAUGUCGAGGAUGAAAAGGGUGUGGAAACUCAAACAAGAGAAAAAGAUCCUCGAGUCUUUGUGACUUACGAUGUGUUUGCUAAUGAAAUAUGGCCAAAAAUGGUUAAAGGCAAAAAUUCCUAUAAUCCUGCCUUGGUGUGGAAAGAAAUAAAAUCUUUUUUGAAAGGGUCUUUUGAAGCACUAAGUUGCUCUCAAGGUAAACUUACUGAAGAAGAAUAUAAAAAGCUAGGGCGGAAGAGAGCCCCGAACUUCAAGGAAGACCGGAGUGAAAUCUAUCGUCUCUUUCGUCUUUACCAGCAAAUAAGAUCGCAGAGAGGUUACUUUGAUGAAGAAGAUGUCCUGUAUAAUUUAUCUCAAAGACUUUCUAAGCUUGAAGAGCUACCGUGGUCCAUCCAUGAGCUUUAUGGUGAUGAAAUUCAGGACUUCACUCAAGCCGAGCUAGCAGUGUUAAUGAAAUGCACAAACAACCCUAAUGCAAUGUUCCUGACUGGUGACACAGCACAGAGCAUAAUGAAAGGAGUUUCCUUCCGUUUUAGUGAUCUGAGGUCGCUGUUUCACUAUGCCAGCAAGAACUUGGUGGACAUGAGACAGUGUGUAAGAAAACCAAAAAGGAUAUAUCAGUUGUAUCAGAACUACAGAUCUCAUUCAGGAAUUCUGCGUCUGGCCUCUGGGGUGGUUGACUUGCUUCAGUACUAUUUCCCAGAAUCUUUUGAUCGUCUUCCUAGGGACUCUGGCCUCUUUGAUGGUCCUAAGCCUAUUGUCUUAGAGUCUUGCAGCGUUAGCGACCUGGCAAUCUUACUGAGAGGCAACAAAAGGAAAACUCAACCAAUUGAAUUUGGAGCCCAUCAGGUGAUAUUGGUGGCAAAUGAAAUGGCGAAGGAGAAGAUUCCAGAGGAACUCAGUUUAGCUCUUGUGCUAACAGUUUAUGAAGCAAAGGGGUUGGAAUUUGAUGAUGUCCUCCUUUACAACUUUUUCACUGAUUCGGAGGCUUACAAAGAGUGGAAAAUCAUUUCUUCUUUUACUCCUCCUCCUGUACCAGAAGAAAGCAAGCCAGUGAUUGAAACAACUUUAGAGCAAAAUGCUGCUACUCAAAAUGGGCCUCUUUCAUUUAAUGCAGAAAUGUACAAGAUGCUUAAUGGAGAAUUGAAACAGUUGUAUACUGCCAUUACAAGAGCCAGGGUCAAUUUGUGGAUCUUCGAUGAAAACCGAGAUAAACGGGAUCCAGCUUUUAAGUAUUUCAUCAGAAGAGAAUUUGUUCAGGUUGUCAAAACAGAUGAAAACAAAGAUUUAGAUGAUAACAUGUUUGUUAAAACUUCAACUCCAAAAGAAUGGAUUGCACAAGGAGAAUAUUAUGCCAAACAUCAGUGUUGGAAGGUGGCAGCCAAAUGUUACCAAAAGGGAGGAGCAGAUGCGAAAGAGAAAUUGGCAUUGGCUCAUGACGCUGUACUUAACGUGCAAUCAAAGAAAAGCAGCCCCAAGGAAAAACAGAUGGAAUAUAUGUCCUUGGCUAAAACCUAUUUGGAAUGCGGAGAACCAAAAUUAUCACUGAAAUGUCUGACUUACGCCAAAGAAUUUCAGCUUUGUUCAGAACUAUGUAAAAAAUUAGGAAAGAUAAAAGAAGCUGCCUAUUUCUAUAAAAAAAGCCACUGCUAUAAAGAGGCGGCCAGAUGUUAUGAACAAAUGCAGGAGUUUGAACUAGCACUUCAGAUGUUUUUCCAGGAGGGCCUUUAUGAGGAAGCAGGAAAUGCAGCAGAAAGGUAUGAAGAGAUACUAAGGACACACCUCUCCAUCUCAUCAAAUGAGUUGUACUUGGCGGCUGCUUCUAAGUACUUGACUGCAAACAAAACCAAAGACAUGAUGAGAGUCCUCUCCAGGCUUGGCACAGAAGUCCAGCUUGUGUUCUUGAAAUCCCACAAAUGCUUGGCCCAAGCAGCAGACCUGUUGAAGAGGGAGGGUCGAGAGGAAGAGGCUGCUAAUCUGAUGAAGCAACAUGGGUUUGUGUUGGAAGCAGCCAAGCUCACUACCAAGAAGGAAUUUCGGGCAUCGUGUCUGCUUAUGGCAGCCCGUCUCAGUGUCUUGGGGCAUUCAGAAUUGGAAAAUAGAGAGUCUGUCUUAGAAGAAGCCUUAGAGCUGUGUAAACAAACCAACCAGACAUCUGGAAUUGCUGAAGCAAUCUUUCUCCAGGGAGUGCUAAAGAAAGAUUUUACAAGGCUUAAAGAUGCUUUCUACAAGUACCACUCUUUGCUUCACUAUGCCGGUACGGUGGAAGCUCUCUUUGAAUUAACCCACUGUGAAGCAGAAAGCAGAUCUAUCUUGUGUCUUGCAAAAUAUGGGUUAGAGGCUCUUCUAGACUUGGUUGAAGCUUUACAGAAAGCAACUACCAAUGCUGAGAAAGAAAUGGUCAAGUCGUGUUUUGAUUAUUUUGGGGUCUUGCCAGUAGAUGGCGAUCUUUGCCAGGUGUCCCAAAAUGAAGGCGGACACAUUGUGCAGAUUUUGUCAGAUAAUCCCUGUCUGAAAGGGAAAAAAAUGAAAGAUCACUUUGUGGUAGGCAUAGCAGAGGUGAAGUCUGCACUGAAGAAACACUUGUUAAGCAGAUUGUGUUUGAUUACACACAGCGUUCUUGGACGAAAUUACCCUGAUAUUUGUUUGAAGUUCAUUGCCGGCUUGGAUUGUGAAGAUAAAACAUGUGAAGGCUUCCAUCGACCUUUCUUGCGUCAUGAGGCGAAGUCUAUAUUUCGGUGUAAAAUAGACUUGGCAGUGAUAAAUGGACUGCUCUUACGAGCCAAGAAGGUUUUUCCAAAAGAACUGCUUCAUGAAAGUAAAGGUAUUGAUGAACUUUUGACUGCCGAUAGAUAUGCAUUGUGCAAAUCCCUCAUAAAUAUUGUCUUCCCUCAGCAUUUCCAUCUUAGAGUGGUGUCAGAAAAUCCAAUGGCAUGCAGAGAAAUCUUGGGACCUUUGUCCAAUGUUUCUAAGUACUUUAAAAUGGUGUUGAAGGAAUACAUCACAUUUAAGUUUAAAAAUGAAAGUGCUGUAAACAGAAGAGAAUCUACCGACUUGUUGCUUAGUGCCAUGCAAGUUUUCAUCUUGUCCUCCAGCUACCCUGAAGAAUUUGAGAAGUUUCUUAGUAGGGAGGAAGAAGAUUAUAACAAAGAACUAAAGGCUUAUGAAAAGGAGAAAAGCAGAGGGAAAAAACCCAAGGGAAUACAGGGCAGAGCUGGGAUGUUGCAGCCUAACAAAAAUGCUGAAAAUGCAGAAAACAUACACUUGUGUUUCAUUCGACUUCUUCAAAACUCACUGGACCAGCUGUAUGUUAACAAAAAUCCAGAAGAAUGUAAAUGGUUGUUUUUCCGUUUUAUGAAUGUCCUGGUCAAGAAAUGCAUUGAUCCUCUGAUUCCAAGCAUAGGAAAUACAGUGAUGCUGCUAGAAUUCCAGUAUAUCCUCUGUUGUGCUGUCCUGAUGCGCCUUUGCAAGGAUGUUAAUUUGUGCCUUCCAAAGAGUUACCUUGCUCUCCUUCAUUAUUGGGAGUUUUUGUUCAGAAUUAAAAAAGACCAACACAAAGAGGUCAGAGACACCUUUUCUAUUAUCCAGGACUACAGACCAAAGGACAUAAACAAAGCUGUCAGGCAGUUCAAAUUCCAUCUCAGUUAUGUGGCAGAAGUUUUGUGUGGAGCUCAAAGCAAAGACUUCAAUGUCUUUGUGGAUGCUUUCGGGGACCCUGAUUAUGUAAUGUCAGGGGAAGCUGAGCGUACUCUGGUGUUGUGCUUAGUGAUAUUGGUGAAUGCUGAUCAAGUGCUCAAUAUUAAAUCUAAAUCCCUUUUUCACACUCACUUUCUUACAAUUAAGGAUAAACUGAUAAGUAUGAAAAGACGGUCUCCUUCCAAAGUGCCUGAAAGAUUGGUUAAGAUUGUGGAGAAAGUGAGUAAUACCUCACAAGUGAGAGAGAUAGCAGAAGGCCUUCAGGAGCUGCUGACUGAACGAGAUGGCGAGUUCUUGGUCAACUGUCGAUGGAGGUGGGACUCGCCGUAUUACAAAGGGACUAGUAGUGUACGGGGCAUCUUUUACGAGCAGGUAAACCCAGAAAGAUUUGUAUCCUCCUGGCAUCCUGUAGAAUACUCUAAAGAGUCAGAAAUGGAAUUUGAAAGUGAUCUCUCUAUGGAAGAGCGGGAAGAUCCCCUAACAGCCAUAGCAUGCAUAAAGCAGCAGAAGCAACAGCAGAAAGCGUCUGCAGAGCGGAAGUUGUUUAAGGUGUUUUUUUUAGGGUAUUGUUAUGUAAAAUGGAGAAGGAAAUCCUGUUCUAAGCCAGAGCUUACUGGAGUGGAAAUGGAAGAAUUGGUUUCGGGGAUCUUUAAAAAAGCAGAUAUUGACCGAACGCAAUGUGACCUUUGUGGAAUUAAAUUCAUCCAGAGUUCUGAAAACUACUUUAGCCAGACAGAAAACUUGGAGAUUGAGACCUCUGAGGCUGUGACACCAACAGAAAGUGUUGAGGUGAAAAAGGAGGAGAAUGAAGAAAGAAAUGCAGCUUUUGUAGCCACUGGGACUUACGAAAGGCAUAGCAGCACGGAUGAGCACAAAAAUAAAUAUGUAGCCUACAAGGACUAUUUCAAGUUUUUCAGAAGCAGUGUGGAUCAAAAUAUAUGUUUUGGACGGAGUAUAAUAGCUGCCAUCGAAGAAGACAGUUGGACCAACUUGGCUUGGAAAGAACGUUCCAGCUUGGAAAAAAGAAAGAUCCAAGAAAUCAUUAAAAAGAUUUCAGAUAUGGUAAAAGACAUCUAUGAGAGAAAAGCCUGGGCUGAGGCUGAAGAAAUGAUGACCAAGCAUGUCAGUGAAUUGAGCAUUUCUCUUGAUGAAGCUCAUAAAUGGCAUGAGGAAAUAAAGUCAUAUAUGCAGAAGGAUGAAGGUUUUGCACAUGAGAAUGACUUGGAAAAUGAAGUAGAGAAUGAAAAGGAGGCUUUCGCAGAACUUCGCAAUAAAAAGUCAAGAAGAAGACAAAAAUAUAGAAGACGAUAAUUGGAAAAAUAUGCAGCUGGCUGUACUGCCCUAUACCACUGUCAUUUUGGAAUGAAUUGCUUAAAUAUACUUCAUAUAAAAAGGGAGGGAUCAGGAAAGGAGAGAAUGUAAAAAAAAUACCA